GGUAUAAGAAGAACGUGAUUCACACAGGUGGAAGAUGGCAGUCUCACCUCCACCCACACACAGAAUGUGUGGUAGCUGAUGAACAAUAAUUGUUGUGAAUCCAGUUCUGUUAGUGUGUGUGUGCGCGUUUGCUAGGAGAGAGAAUGCACGUGGGAGGGGAUAACCGGGAGCUCCUUCCAGGAGGUUAAGGAGAGAGACAUAGGUUAGGAGACCAGUGGAGGAGUAAAACUGCUGCUACAGCCAAAAAAGAGGCACAGACACUGGUGGAAUUAGACAUACUGGCUGCUGAGGUUCACGAAACAUGGAUAUGCUUAGUAGAGACUCAUCUGGCAGCCAUGGCGGCAUUCCAGAGAUGCGCUUAAUCCUGGUCGGCAACAUCGGCUGUGGGAAGACAGUGACAGCUGACACGCUGCUGAAUGACAGCUCGAGCAUCAGCACCCUCAUGCCAUCACGGCUGAGUGAGGUUCGGCGUGGAGUGUCAGAGGGACGGCACCUCAGAGUGGUCGAGACACCACGAUGGUACUGGAAAGGCGAGCACAUUGACGUCAGUGUGCAGAGAGAGACAGAGAGGGCUCUCAGCCUGGUGGCACCAGGGCCACACGCUUUCCUCAUCCUGGUGCCCGUAGGACAGUUCACUGAGAUGGAGGGCCGAAUUCCCGCUGAGCUGGAGCGUGUUUUUGGCAGGGGCGCACUGGAACACUCCCUGGUACUGCUCACCUGUGGAGAUUAUCUGAUAGGCCGAGACCAUGACCACUACGUCAAGCUAGGUGAGCCUGGACUCAGCGCCAUGGUGAAUGAGUGCGGAGGACGCUGGCAUGUGAUCAAUAACCGCAGACCAGAGGACAGACAGCAGGUCAUAUCAUUGCUGGAGAAGGUGGAGCAGCUAACUGAGACCUCAGGCGGCUGUUACCUGCCGAGCGCCAUGCAGAGAGAGGAGCAUGAGCUCCAGAGGAGGUACAGCUUGCGGGAGGAGGAGUUGGUGCACCUAGAUCACAGCACGCUGACCCAGACAGCAUGGUACAAAGAGGAGACAUGGGAGGAGUCGGGGAGGAGAGGGAAAAUCAGAGUCAGGAGCAUGGGGCCAGCGACAGGGAGGGUGGUAUCACAUCAGCUGGCCAAUGGGCUUCAUUCUCCGCCUGCAGAACUCAAGCAGAAGCAUUCCAGUUUCAAACUGAAGGGCGCCAUUCUCAGUCAGCUGUCAGAGACCGAACCACCAGUCAGAAACCAGAACAACCAGAACUUCAUUAACACCAUCCAUUACCACAUCAGCACCAUUGGUGACACCAGCCCUACUCCACCUUCCAUCCCAUCACCCACAGCUACCAUUACCUCCUACUCUCCCUCCUCUACGUCUUCUGCUACCUUCUCCUCAUCUUCUUCUUCUGCGUUUGCACCUUCCUCUUCCACCAACUUCUCCUCUUCAGCUGCUUUUUCCACUUCCUCCUCCAAUAACAUCUCCUCUUCAACUGCUUUUGCUCCUUCCUCCUCCACUAACUUCUCCUCUUACUCAUCCACUACCCUUCCCUCUUCCCCCACCAAUGGCUCCUUUUACUCCUCAUCCACUACCUUCCCCUCUUCCAGUGCUGUCUCCUCAUCCUCUUCCCACACCAAUGCAUCCUUCUCUUCCUCCUUUACUACCUUCUCCUCUUCUCCCAGCACCGAUGCCUCCUUCUUGUCCUCCUCCACUGCUGUCUCCUCUUCUUCUCCCUGCACCAAUGCCUCCUUCUCACUCCCCUCCACUACUUUAUCCUCUCGCCCCACCACUGCCUCAGCUUCUUCCUUCUCCAGUGGUUCCUCAGACGAACUGAGACUGGUCCUGCUGGGUCGGGCUGGGUCUGGGAAGAGUGCAGCUGGGAAUGCCAUUCUGGGCCGAGACGAGUUUAAGCUGCGUAGAGAUGAUGCCACUGGUGCCACCACACAGUCGUGUGUGAAAGGAACAGCUGUGAUUGGACAGAAACGAGUGGCAGUGGUGGACACUCCAGACUGGUUCUGGCCCAGCUGUCCCCCAGAGAAUCUGGCAACCCAUCUGUCCUCCUGUAUGGAUCUGUGUGCCCCAGGCCCUCACGCCUUUCUACUGUGUGUUCCUGUAACCCUGCCUGGCCGCUCAAACUUGCAUGACCUGGGAUCUAUAAGGAAUUCCUUUGGCCCCGAUGCUAUCCUGAGGCAUACCCUGGUCCUCAUUACACACUCAGACAUGCUGAAGGAUGGAAACGUGGAGGAAUACAUCGCAGCCAAGCGGCCCGAGUUGUUAGAGUUGGUGGAGAAGUGUGGCGACCGCUACCAUGUGUUGAAGCAAGGAAAGAAUGGGGGGAACAUAGAGGAGCUGCUGGAGAAGGUGGAGCAGCUGGUGAAGGAGAGUGGAGGAAGCCAUUACGGCUACCAGGGAGAGGGGGAGUUUGGCAGAGAAAGGAUGACGCAGUUUCGGAGAGGCAGAGGGGGAGAGGAUGAUGUGGACCGAGCCCUCUCAGCAACUCUACAUUCUCUGAGAGAGGAAGAGGAGGUUGAGCAAGAAGAGAAAAAUGCAAAACCAGUGGAAUCCACAGCCUCAUUGGCCACCUCUGUGCUUGGCUCUAUCCUUCGAUUUGUUGGGCAGAAGGUGGGCGAUGGUGCCAAGAAGGUGCCUAAGCUGGUCGCUGGGGGAGCGGUGCUAGGAGGUGUACUUGGGCUGUAUGUUGGAGGACCUGUAGGGGGUGCUUUUGGGGCUACAGCAGGAUCUGUAGCUGCAGAGUACGGAAGAAGAAAAUAUAGCAAACCCAAAACAGACUGAUGGAUAGUAAUGGACAAAUUACUGCCGCAAUAAUGCUCAUAGUCUCUGCAGUCAAUAAUUCAAUGCUAAAGCUGUUUUUAAUUAAUAUGAGUUAGCUCUAAAACAGUUACGUCCUGCAAAAUUUUAACAGCUUGUUAUAAACUGAACUUCUGCACAGGUUUGUACUAUACACAGACUACGGUGAUUUCAGUGGUUUGUUCGAUUGUAUCUUUCACUGACACAGUAGAAGCACCUGAUGGACUUUAUGCAAUAAGGAUUUAACAUGGUGAAAAAGAAAGCACAAGGAGGUUAAGAAACACUAGAAACAUGUAAUUCUGAAACUCAGUACUUAGUCGUACCAUGUCAGAAAGGAUAUUUCUUACCAAAGUUCUGCUAUUAGUCUGUUGAAGACUUUUUAAUCUUAGCUGAACAGUUCAGGAUUCACCACUAAUGUAUUAUCUAAUAUAUCAUUAAACUAAUUGUAUUAUUAUAUAACACGUAUGCCUUGUGUAAAUGCAGUGGUCUGCUAUCUUAUAAUUUUGGUCUUUAAAUUACUUUUUAGGUGUGACUUUUUUUUGGCUGGAAUGGUGUAAAGUGUCUUUUGUAUCAGAAACUCUGAUUAUGGUUUCGGUGUUGAGGGUGGCAAGACUACCAGAAACCACUUCACUACAAAUGGACUUCCAGCAAACUUCUUGGCUUCAUGAAAUUAAAUUUCUAAAUGAGAAACGAGA